AUGAGUCAAACACCAAGUCUGAAACGAAAACAACAGACCAUAUCUAGCUUCUUCACCAAAACUGUACCCAGUCCGUCGUCUGGCGGGAGCAUUUCCGAACAGAAGAACGGGAAAAGGGAUACAAGCCAUCAAUCUACUCAAGAAUUACCUGGCAGGUCAAAGUCGAAAGUUUCGCCAAAAGCAAAGACCAAUGGUACAAAACAAGAUGUCGAGGAAGACGAGGACGAGGAUGAGGUCGUACUCCCAGUUAAAAAGCGGAUAAGAAGCAAUGCAUGGAAGGCUCCUGAGAAUGGAUCAGAGAAACCAGUAACUGGAAACCAUGAUACAGAAGAAGAUGAUGAUGAUAAAGAGGUGGAUGAAGAGGGAGAAGAGCUCCGACCUUCAAGUCCUAUACAAAACACGGAACCUCAAUCUUCUGCAUCCCGAGCAGAGAGAUUCCGGUUCCAAUCCUCACCCGUGCAACCCACGACGGACGAACAAAUAUCACCUGCAGAGCGCAAAAAGAAGGACCAAUUGCAUCAGAAAUUCGUGCGUCGGCUGGGUGGGCCGGACUGUCUUCCAGCAUUAAACCCCCAUGACGGUGCCUCAGAAGUAGACCCAGUUGUUGAAGGUGCAGCGAGUGACGAGGAGGAAGAAGAUAGCCCGCCUCCUGCUCCAAAGGGUAGAGCUGCGAAGAAAGCUGGAGGAUCUAAGCUAACACCAAUGGAGAGGCAAAUAAUGGAGAUCAAGAACAAACAUCUCGACGCCGUGUUGCUCAUCCAGGUUGGGUACAAGUACCAGUUUUAUGAUCCAUCAGAAGCACACCUGACUCGUUUUGCAUCCGCAAGUGUACCUAUCCACCGUCUCCAUGUACAUGUCAAACGACUGGUGGCAGCUGGAUAUAAAGUCGGCGUUGUAAAACAGCUGGAGACCGCCGCGCUAAAGGCUGCUGGAGAUAACAGAAAUGCACCGUUCGUGCGGAAACUUACCAAUAUGUAUACCAAGGCAACGUAUAUUGAAGACGAUGCUGAACUUGAACUGUCUGGUGCUCUGGAACCGUCUACAGGCUACUUACUGUGUUUGACGGAGAGUGGUGCUAAAGGGCAAGGAGAUGGCGAGAAAGUUCAAAUCGGAAUUGUUGCGGUUCAGCCAGCGACUGGGAACGUCAUAUAUGACAGUUUCGAGGAUGGAUUCAUGAGGAGCGAGAUUGAAACCAGACUGCUCCAUAUUGCCCCCUGCGAGUUGCUCUUGAUUGGUGAUCUGUCCGCUGCAACCAAUAAGCUUGUUCAGCAUCUGUCCAAAGGUAGAAUGACUACCUUUGGGGAUAGUGUUCGAAUUGAGCGGAGGGAGCAAUCUAAGACUGCGGCAGCCGAAGCACAUAGUCAUAUAUCCAGCUUCUAUGCCGGAAAGAUGGCCGCUACUGGCUCACCAGAGGAUGCAAACGCGAGCAAUCUGCUAGAUCAGGUGCUUAAGCUACCUGACGACGUGACCAUCUGCCUAUCUGCUAUGAUUAAGCAUUUGACAGAGUAUGGGCUUGAACAUGUUUUUGAUUUGACGAAAUACUUUCAGUCAUUUUCUGCAAGAUCUCAUAUGCUGCUGAACGGAAACACAUUAACGAAUCUAGAGAUAUACCAAAACCAGACAGACUACUCGUCAAAAGGCAGUUUAUUUUGGAGCAUGAACCGGACGCGGACAAAGUUUGGCCAACGCCUACUUCGCAGAUGGGUUGGGAGACCAUUGCUAGACAAAGUAAAGUUGGAGGAGCGCACAGAGGCGGUUACAGAACUGCUUGACUCUGACAAGUCUACUCUUACGUACAACCUAGGGGCUACCUUGUCGCAGGUCAGAGUAGAUCUUGAAAAGGCUUUGAUACGGGUGUAUUACGGGAAGUGCUCCCGGCCGGAGCUGUUGACGAUGCUCAAAAGCAUGCAGUCAAUUGCCGUGAGCUUUGCCCAUGUAAAGUCCCCGGCUGACUCUGGGUUCAAGUCCCCUAUUCUAAGCGAAUCAAUUGCCAUCCUGCCUACAAUGCAUGAUGACGUCGUUUCAUACUUGAAUAAAAUCAAUGAAACAGCCGCAAAGAAGGAUGACAAAUAUGACUUUUUCCGCGAGUCAGAGGAGUCAGAGGAGAUCGGCGAACAUCGUCUGAUGAUCGGAACGAUAGAGUAUGAGCUCAAAGACCAUUUAAAGUCUAUAGCCGAGACUCUAGGCAAAAAGAAAGUCCAGUAUGUUUCAGUUGCAGGGAUCGACUAUUUAGUUGAGGUUGAGAACUCUCAAGGUGCUUUGAAGAAAGUACCAGCCUCCUGGCGGAAGAUUAGUGGAACUAAAAAGGUAUCACGCUUCCAUACCCCUGAAGUCGUGAAGAUGAUGCGAGAAAGGGACCAACAAAAGGAGUCAUUGGCUGCUGCUUGUGACGCAGCAUUCUUGAAGCUGCUGUCGGAUAUUUCAACGAAGUACCAGCUAUUUCGGGACUGUAUCCAAGCUCUCGCGACAAUUGACGCAUUGCACUCGCUAUCUGUGAUUGCCGCGCAGCCAGGCUAUGUCAAGCCCACAUACACGGAUGACACGAUCAUCAACAUUUCUCAAGGCCGUCAUCCGAUGGUUGAGAAGGUUCUGAUUGACUCCUAUGUGCCCAAUGAUACCCAGCUAAGCACGGAUGAAACCAGGGCUUUACUGGUUACCGGUCCCAAUAUGGGAGGAAAGUCUAGCUAUGUCCGCCAGAUAGCUUUAAUCUGCAUCAUGGGUCAGAUUGGCUCAUACGUGCCGGCUGAAUCCGCUACGUUAGGAAUGCUUGACGCCGUGUACACUCGUAUGGGGGCAUUUGACAACAUGCUUGCAGGCGAGUCUACUUUCAUGGUCGAACUAUCGGAAACGGCCGAUAUCUUGAAACAAGCUACGCCUCGUUCACUAGUGAUACUCGAUGAGUUAGGUCGUGGAACGUCUACGCACGAUGGAGUGGCUAUAGCACAGGCAGUGCUUGACUACAUGGUUCGCAACUUGAGAAGUUUGACCCUGUUCAUCACACACUACCAGAACCUGAGUCGGCUUGCAAGUGCAUUUCCAGGCGGUGAAUUACGCAAUGUCCACAUGAAGUUUACUGAAAGCGGGGAUCAUGGACAGGACAUUACUUUCCUAUAUGAAAUUGGUGAAGGAGUGGCUCACCGAUCAUAUGGAUUGAAUGUUGCCAAGCUUGCAAAUAUUCCAGCUGGAAUAUUGGAGGUAGCUCAGGUCAAGUCCCAAGAGCUUGAGGCUAAGAUCAGCAGAAAAAAGAUGGGAGGCGUUCUCCGGGGUAUAUUCCAGACCUUGUCUGAUGAGACCACAAGUGAUAGUGCUGGAGAGCAAGUUGAACGCCUUCUCAAUGACAUUGAAUUGUUGUAA